AUGGAACAGACAGUUAUUAAGGACGAAAUCGAGAUUCACGAUGAUUUUAUUUGCAAUACGAAAGUUAAACAAGAAUUUAAUGAUGAAAUGCCUAGUACCGCAUAUCAAAAUGUAAAUACAAGUAGUGUGCAUCAUAUUAAAGAAGAAAUAAGUGACGACUUAGAAACAGUUCGAGAAUUUGAAAAAUCUAUGGUCACCAUAAAAAAAGAGGAAAGCUGUAAUACUUUUGAUAAACUCAGCACUCAAAACAAAAUGGAAUAUAUGAGUAUAGAAACUAGAAAGCCAACUAAAUCACAAGACAGAAUGGAUAUGGAGCAGACGGUGAUUAAGGACGAAAUCGAGAUUCACGAUGAUUUUAUUUGCAAUACGAAAGUCAAACAAGAAUUUAAUGAUGAAAUGCCUAGUGCCCCAUUUCAAAAUGUAAAUACAAGUAGUAUGUAUCAUAUUAACGAAGAAAUAAGUGACGACCUAGAAACAGUUCGAGAAUUUGAGGAAUCUAUGGUCACCAUAAAAAAAGAGGAAAGCUGUAAUACAUUUGAUAAACUCAACAUUAAAAACAACUUUGAAUAUAUGAGAAUAAAAACUGGAAAGUCACCUAAAACACAAGUUGAACGGGACGCGCACGUACCUAUACGGUGUGAAAUGGAUGACGAAGAAUUAAUUGAACUCGUCCGUAAAUACGAGUUUUUAUAUAAUCUACAACACCCGAAAUAUACGGAUAGUGCGAAAAAGGAAAUGGCUUGGAAGGAAAUUUCGGAAGAACUGAAACAAUCAGUAAAAAUGGUUCGUCCACGAAGAGGAACGGGAAAAUCAGAAGAAACCGGACCACAAAGUGUAGUUCCUGAGCCAAUUCCGUCAACAAGUACUGCUCCAGAACCAACUACAGCUUCUGCUCCUCACGAUGGAAUUAGCUCGAAACGGAGGAAACAAGAGAUUGUCUAUUCUUCGAGUACAAUUGUAUACACGAGGGAAGAGCUGAUGAGAAUGUUGGCUGAAGAAGACGAAGAAGACUUCAACGAAAUGGACGAGAGCUUGGAAGAGUUGGACCGGGAAAAUCUAUUUGUGGAGCCUCUGGAUGAGGUUGAAUAUGACGGAGACGACAUGGAAUUUUCCGUUCCAGUUCAUGGCCCUAUUGAACAAGAAUCUGUACAAGUAGAUAAUUCUAAUCGUUUACCCAAUCCUCCUAUUGCAAGACAAUGGUCGAGAGAAAGGCCAGACGUCGACCCUAUUCCCUUUACCCUAAACCCCGGGGUCGCACAAGAUAUAAGCGGUUUAUCAACCCCCCGAGAUUUUUUAAAUUUAAUAUUAACGGAAGAAAUGAUGAAUCACAUAAUCGUACAGACAAAUUUGUAUGCCUUAUUUUUGAGUGCCACCUCAACUGCUCCUAGGGCCCUAAUAAAGACGUGGAAGGAUUUGGAGCGCGAUGAAUUUUUAUAUUUUUUAGGGCUUCUCUUUCAUACGGGGACGGUUUCGCUCAAUAGACUGUCGGAUUAUUGGAACACCGAUCCAAUUUUGUUUGGGCUAACCUCCUUCCGUAGGGUGAUGAGCAGGGAUCGGUUUUUCGGGAUCUUGCAAUGCCUGCAUUUCGCAAAAAAUCCUGAGCCCAAUGAACCAACUCCCGCUGACGGAUUGUAUAAAAUACGGCCUCUGAUAGACAUUUUUCGUAGAACCAUGGACGCUUUGAUAAUUCCAACGAAGAAUCUUUACAUCGAUGAGUCCACGGUUCUUUGGAGAGGUCGGUCUGUUUUGCGGCAAUAUUUGAGAAAUAAGGCCCAUCCAUAUGGGAUAAAAAUGUAUAUGCUGAACGAGGCGUCUGGUCUUGUGCUAAGAUUUAUCGUUUACACAGGUGCUUCCGAUCAAGAAAUUGGUGGAAAAGGGCAUGCCGAUCUUGUUGUUCGUAAAUUGAUGGACGGAAAACUCGAUGUUGGCCAUUCUCUAUUUAUGGACGACUUUUACAACAGCGUGAACCUUGUCCACGAGCUUCUUGAGCGGAAGACUUAUGUGACAGGAACUCUUAGGAGUAAUCGCAAAGGUAAUCCUCCUCAAGUAAUUUUAGCAAAGACCAAAAGGGGCGAGGUCGUUGACUAUUACAGCGGAGAAGGAGUAGGUGUCCUCAAUUGGCGACACAAAAGGGUAGUGCUGAUGAUCAGUUCAGAAUUUUCUGGAAAAAUGAACGAUGUAACCACCCGUCGAGGAAUUGUUAUCCAGCAACCUGAAAUGGUUUCAAAAUAUAACGAAUCGAUGGGCGGCGUUGAUCAUUUAGAUCAAAUGAUGAGUUAUUACCCGAUUGAACGGAAAACGCUCAAAUGGUCGAAAAAAAUCGGUAUUCACAUACUCCAUCUUUGCAUGUACAACGCCUUCAUCCUGUACAAUAAAUGCCAUCCAAAGAUGGACUUAUACGAUUUUAGAAAUUCGGUAGUUAAAUCAUUGUUGCCACCGGUGACAGUUUCACCGAUGACGAGCCUACCUCUAAAGCGGGGUAGUAAGGGGCUUUCUCCGCAUUUUCCCUCAUUUUUUGGGGUUUCCCAUAAAUCAAAUAAAAAAAUCCGAAAGAGGUGUGUAUUUUGCGCAAAAAAUAAAAAACGGCAAGAAACAGCCCACUUAUGCCCGGCCUGUCCGAAUAAACCCCCCUUGUGCUUAGUUGACUGUUUCGUUAACUAUCAUAAAAAUAUGGAAUUGUAAUUGUAUUACAUGCGUGUAUUGUUUGUAAAUAUAAUUUUAAUUGAAUUUAUAUAAAUUUUCUCAUGUUAAUUUUAGUA